UUCGAACUCAAAAUCCAAUCACAUUCAUUUCUCCCCACUUUCACUCACAUCGGUUUCCAUUUUGAUUUGUUUAUUUCUGGAUAAACUCAGAUUGUUGUAUGUGGAUCUUUUCAACCAAGGUUGUUAAAGGACUACAGAGCCGUUUGAAUACAACAGUCCUUAAACUUAUAAGUAGUUAAUUAUAGCAUUUGGUGGGAGGCCUUAGGCUGGCUGUGCUUCAGCUGGUGUUCUAUCAGAGCGUUACAGAUUGUAUUUGGAGAAGAUGACUGUUAGAACACCAGGCACACCAGCCUCAAAAGUGGACAGGACACAAAUGGCUGUCACUCCAGGUGGAAAUACAAAUAGAGCAAGGGAAGAGAAAAUUGUUGUAACUGUAAGACUAAGGCCUCUGAGUAAAAGAGAGCAAUCAUCUAAAGAUCAGAUAGCCUGGGAAUGCAGUGACGAUCAUACUGUUGUGUACAAUCCUACUCCCCAAGAACGUGCAGCUAUACCUGCAUCUUUCUCAUUCGAUAAAGUGUUUGGUCCUGAUUGUUCAACUGAAAAUGUCUAUGAGGAUGGGGUGAAAACGGUGGCAUUAUCUGCCCUCAUGGGGAUUAAUGCAACAAUAUUUGCAUACGGACAAACUAGCAGCGGGAAAACUUAUACUAUGAGAGGAAUCACAGAGAAGGCUGUUAAUGAUAUUUACAUGCAUAUAAUCAAUACACCAGAAAGAGAUUUCCGAAUAAAGGUAUCUGGUCUUGAAAUCUAUAACGAGAAUGUCAGGGACCUGCUGAACUCUGAAUCCGGUCGCAGUCUUAAACUACUAGAUGAUCCAGAGAAAGGAACAGUGGUUGAGAAAUUGGUGGAAGAGACAGCUAAAGAUGAUCAACACUUGAGACAUCUAAUCCAUGUCUGUGAUGCUCAAAGACAAGUGGGUGAAACUGCAUUGAAUGAUACUAGCUCCAGAUCACACCAAAUUAUAAGACUGACUAUCGAAAGUACUCUUCGUGAAAACUCAAAUUGUGUGAGAUCAUAUGUUGCCACCCUGAACUUAGUAGAUCUAGCUGGCAGUGAAAGAGCCUCACAAACAAAUGCAGAGGGUAUCAGGCUCAGGGAAGGGUGUCAUAUUAAUUUAAGCUUAAUGACACUUACAACAGUAAUCAGGAAGCUAAGUGUGGGAAAAAGAAGCGGUCACAUUCCCUACCGAGGUUCAAAGCUCACACGAAUAUUGCAGCAUUCACUGGGAGGAAAUGCUCGCACUGCCAUUAUAUGUACAUUGAGUCCAGCAACAAGUCAUGUGGAACAAUCUCGUAACACGCUUUUAUUUGCUACCAGGGCAAAGGAAGUGACAAACAACGCUCAAGUGAACAUGGUAAUCUCAGACAAACAGCUUGUUAAGCAUUUGCAAAAGGAAGUAGCAAGACUCGAAGCAGAGUUACGCACACCAGACCCAUCUAAUGAGAGAGACAUAAAACUUCUGCAGAUGGAGCAGGAGAUGGAAGAACUGAGACGCCAAAGAGAUCUAGCUCGGUCUGAAGUAGAGGAGUUGCGCCGAAAACUUGAGGAAAAGAGAUUAAAACCAUCCAAUUCACAUAGCCCAUCUGUCAAGAAGUGUCUAUCAUUUUCUGGAACUUUAUUACCCGAAAGUAAUGCAAAGGAGUUAGGCCAUUGCGAAAGAGUACGAACUCUGGGAAGGCAGUCACUGAGGCAAUCAUCUACUGCUCCUUUUACUUUGAUGCAUGAAAUCCGGAAACUUGAACAUCUACAGGAGCAGUUGGGUGAAGAGGCUACUCGAGCCCUUGAUGUACUACAAAAGGAGGUUUCUUGUCAUAGACUAGGCAACCAAGAUGUAGCAGAGACUAUAGCUAAGCUUCAAGCGGAGAUAAGGGACAUGCGCUGUAUCCAGCCUUCUGCUAAGGAUGUAACUGACGUUGAAAAUGUCUUGCCCGUCAACAAGAGUAUCAGUGCUAACUUGAAAGAAGAGAUAACCAGACUUCAUUCGCAAGGAAGCACCAUAGCUGAUCUUGAGGAGAAACUAGAGAAUGUCCAGAAGUCAAUAGACAAAUUAGUAAUGUCUCUUCCAACCAAGAGAGAUCAACCAUCUACUGAUAACGGUCCAAAGAUGAAGAAUCCUGAUAAGAAGAAGAAACUGAUGCCGUUAACUUCAAAUAGUGGUUUGAACAUGCAAAACCUCAUAAAGUCUCCAUGUUCUCCCUUAACAGUUUCGGACCAAGUAUUGGACCAGGAUAUUGAAAACAGACCUCCAGUUUCCGAUGCUAUGUCUGUUGAAACUCACUCAGUUUCUGACAAAGACACUCCCACCAAAAGUGAAUGUGGAGAUGCCUCAUCAAAGGAAAACACCCCUUAUCGACGUUCAAGUUCUGUUAAUAUGAGGAAAAUGCAGAAAAUGUUUCAAAAUGCAGCAGAAGAGAAUGUUAGGAGCAUAAAAGCAUAUGUCACUGAACUUAAAGAACGCGUAGCCAAGCUGCAAUAUCAAAAACAGCUUCUUGUAUGCCAGGUGCUUGAACUGGAAGCUAACGAGGCUGCAGGAUAUAAUUUGGAUGACUGUGAGAAUAUUCCUGAGACCGAGGAGGAGUCACCAGUUCCAUGGCAUUUGGUUUUCAAAGAGCAGCAGGAGCAGAUCAUCGAGUUAUGGGACAUAUGCCAUGUCUCCAUCAUCCACCGGACCCAAUUCUAUCUGUUGUUCAAGGGGGACCCCGCCGAUCAAAUAUACAUGGAAGUGGAGCUCAGACGCUUGACAUGGCUGCAACAGCACCUAACUGAGAUGGGAAACGCAAGUCCUGCCCCUCAGGCAGGAAACGAGGCCAUAGUUUCGUUGUCCUCGAGUAUCAGAGCCUUGAAGCGUGAGCGAGAGUUUCUUGCAAAGAGGAUGAACUCGCGCAUGACAGCUGAAGAAAGAGAAGCAUUAUUCAUAAAAUGGGAAGUGCCAUUGGAGGGGAAGCUACGGAGGUUGCAGUUUGUGAACAAGUUGUGGACCGAUCCCCAUGACGAGAUACAUAUACAAGAGAGUGCAGCGAUAGUAGAGAAGCUUGUAGGCUUCGGUGGAGGAGGAAACUUGACAAAGGAGAUGUUUGAGCUGAACUUUGCACUUCCAUCUGAUAGAAGGCAAUGGCAGAUGGACUGGAACCAGAUACUCAAACCACCAUCUUUUGUUAGGAAUAUUCUGUAAGUAAACUUGAUAAUUUGAUUAAUUUAUUUAUUUGCUUCACUCACAAUGUGAUGCAAAUUGUAAGAAGUCAGCUGCUGCUUGAUCCCUUUGGCAAUUUAUUCAAAUUUAACAUA